AUGUCACAGCCAUUUUUUAAUAAAGAGUUAGAAGUGUCUACUCAGAACCUUUCGGCAUCAUUAGAAAAUAAAGAAAGAUCAGAAGAAUCAUAUAAACUGAGUCAGCAUGAUGGACUUUUUGUAGCAGAAGAAAAUACAGACCUAACCGAAGAAGUUUCUUAUCCAGAAAUUGAUACUAGCAAUACUACACAAACAAUGCCCCUUCUUACACAGGAUGCUCCAGCAUCGGGUGAUAAAAGAACCAAUGAAACUAACGAUAAUCUAGAAGAACAACUAUAUAAGAAAAAAACAUUGCCUCCUAAGGAGAUAGCUCAAUUUUGGAAGAGAUUUAUUGGGUCUAUUCAAGUUAGCGCUAAUGCUACAAGGCCAACCGUUUCUAAAAUUCCAUUUGGCACAAAGUUAGGAAUUGUUAAAAAGGGCGUUAUAAAAAGUAAUCCGGCUCGAUCGAUACUUAACAGAAAAAGACAGUGUAAUACUUUGGUUAAAUUAUGGGAUCUUAAAAACGACCGAGAACUAGGCAGAUUACCCGAAAAAAUAGCACGCAUUAUAUUACCAUUUAUUAACGGUGAUGAAGUUACUUUUGAUGCAACAAUGAUAUUUUGUAAUAACAAAAGAUUAAGCAUUGGUGAUACUAUAGUUGUCCAAUUAAACUGUUAUUUAACUUCAGAAUUGUUUAAUAAUAAUGGAUCGCUGGAACUGUCCGGUAAAUUCACCGAAGACGAACAAGAAACUAAAAUGCAAGCAAGACGAACUUCUAUUUUAACAUUGUUUGAGGAACUUAGCUUGAAGGCAAUUGAGAAUAAUGCCGAAGUUGAUAAUAUUUUAAAGGAGUUAGAGUAUAAAGAAAAAAACCGACAGCAAGUAGAAUGCGCUAAAGAGGUAGUCAUUGACUUGGAAGAUGAAUUAAACAGUUCUUCACAAACUGUUAUGGAUAUAGAAAAUGAACUAAAUCUGAACCAAUUGCAAGCCUUUUAUAAAAUUGCCCAAUCUGCAGACUCCCUAAAAACUUUACCUGAAACUGAACCUGCUGGCAACUUUAAAUUUUCCUUAAAAAAAUAUCAAAAACAAGGGUUAUCCUGGAUGUUGAAAAGGGAACGUGAAUAUUCUAAAAUCCAAAGUAAAGACUUUGUUCACCAAGAUAGUGAUAAAAUUGAUCCUUUAUGGAGGACUUUUUUAUGGCCAACUUUUCCUGAUUUAAAAAUCAAUUCUGGAUUUACUAGCAAAAUAUUUUAUGCUAAUUUGUACACUGGCCAAUUUUCAAUGGAAAAACCAAUAUUAAAAUUAUCGGUUAAAGGUGGUAUUUUAGCAGAUGAAAUGGGGUUAGGUAAAACAAUUUCAACACUUUCUUUGGUAUCAACGGUUCCAGAGGAUACAGAAUUUGGAAACAAACAAAGUACUGGUUCAAAUGACAAUAAUAGUAGUUUCUUAUUUUCCAAUUCACAAAGUAUUCAAUCACUGACUACUUCACUGCCAUAUGCCUGGAGAACUACAUUGAUUGUGGUACCAAUGUCGUUGUUAUCACAAUGGGAAUCUGAAUUUAGGAGUUGUAUGGACGAAAAUACACGUUGUGAAAUUUAUUAUGGCGAUACAGUUUCUAAUCUCAAAUCCAGAUUAAUUAAUUCAAAAAGUCCUCCUACUGUUUUGGUGACCACAUACGGUGUAGUACAAAGUGAAAUGCUUUCCUGUGAAAUGAAACCGACAUAUAGCGGUCUUUUUUCUGUGAAAUUUUUUAGAAUAGUAUUGGAUGAAGGCCAUAAUAUCAGGAAUAAACAAACAAAGACAGCUAAAUCUAUAUUUAAAUUGAAGGCUUCCAGAAAAUGGGUGUUAUCUGGGACACCUAUUAUCAACAAAUUGGAUGAUUUAUACCCAAUUGUUAAAUUUUUAGAAUUGAAUCCUUGGGUUAACCCUGGGUUUUGGAGAAGGGUUAUUUCUGAACCAUUUGCAUCAAAAGAUUAUAAAAAAGCAUUAGAUGUUGUCUUCACCAUUUUGGAACCUGUGUUACUAAGAAGAACAAAAAACAUGAGGGAUAGCAACGGUGCAUUAUUGGUAAACUUACCAGAGAAAAUUGUUAAUAUCGAAAAGCUUUCUUUAACUGAUGUUGAAUUAGCUAUGUAUAAUAGUUUUUUGAAAUUAGCUGAAAAGUCCUUUAGGGAUGCUUUGAAUAAGGGGAUUUUAUUGAAAAGUUACACCUCUAUUUUGGUUCAUAUUUUGAGACUAAGACAAAUAUGUUGUGAUAUGAGACUAUUAUUGAACAAGAAUUUCGCCAAAACGGAAAGUUCAAAAGAAGAAAAAUCUAUUCAGGAAGAUUGUGAUAUUAUUGACAAAAACCCGUUAAAAUACGAUUUGGAAAAAAUGUUGGAAUUAGGCUUUGACGACGACAUAAAUAUUUUCAAAGAGGAGGAGGUUAAUCUUAUAAAUGAAAAUGUUUUAAACCCUAAAUUUUUGGGUAAAGGAACUACAGGUUUAGAAUGUCCAAUAUGCACCACAGAUUCUAUAACGCCAGCUGACAAGAUAAGGAUUACAGAGUGUGGCCACACUUUUUGUUUUACUUGUAUUGCGGAUUAUAUUGUGCAUGAAAAGAUUAAAAAGAUGGUCCCCCGUUGCCCUACGUGUAGAGACCAACACUUAAAUGAAAAACGGUUAUUUUCAGUAGUGCUUGAUAAGAAUGGAAUGAUAGAAGCUUUUAGUUAUUAUAAGAAUCCAAAAUUAUCGGAUUUUAUAAUUUCUUCCAAAACAAAUGCUUUAUGUACCCAUUUGUCCAAGAUAAGCAAAGAGUCACCCAAGGAGCAUGUGGUUAUUUUCUCUCAGUUUUCUGGUUUUUUGGAAAUUUUGAAGGAGAUUUUAGAAGUUAAUUAUAUGGUUUACAAAUUUGACGGUUCAUUAUCACUAAAACAACGUGAAUCUAUUUUAAAACACUUUAAUACUGAUGAUUAUGAUGGUUUAAAAAUAUUAUUAAUAUCCUUAAAGGCCGGUGGUGUUGGUUUGAAUUUGACUAUUUCAAAUAGGGCAUUUAUAAUGGACCCGUGGUGGUCACCAAGUGUUGAAGAUCAAGCCAUUGACAGAAUCCACAGAAUGGGUCAAAAGAGGCCUGUUGUAGUUACCAGAUUUAUUGUAGAAGGCAGUAUUGAAGAAAAAAUGUUGCUAAUUCAAGAAAGGAAAAGAAGAUUAGGUGAUGUUGUUGAAGGUGACGAAGAGGAAAGAAGGAAAAAAAGAGUUGAUGAAAUUAAAAUGUUUUUUGAGUAA